AUGCCGCGAAUUGGUGAUCGUUUAGGUAAGCAGAUUAUACGUCUAGUGAUAUUAGUUCGCCUUCACGGUGAUCCGUUUAUGUGCCACGAACAUAAUUUCAAAAUAAAACCAUGCCAGGAGACAAAAUUGUAACGUUUGUGUCAGGACUUCGGUUAUAUGCCUGGUUUAGACGGCGAAUUUUUCAUGUGCCUAAUCAAAUCAGUUAAAUACGGCACGAGUUCGCGUGAACUGAUUUAGAUGUCAGACUUUAUGUACCGUGCCAAAUUACAAGACAGUAUACUACAGGGUGUAUAAAAAAAAACUGAACAGAUUUAAAAUUGCUCUCAAUUUCGCAAAACAGUUAUUUGUAGUUGUUUUUUAUAUAUAUAGCUUCUUUGGGUACUUAUAAUGUAAAAUAAUGAAAAAAAUUUCUCGAACUUAAAUUUUGUGAACCAGGGGAGAGUGUCUUUUCCAACAAAUUAAAAUGGCUCGCGCACAAAAUUUAAAAGCUUCAAUCAUAUUUUGAGUUAACAGAUGGAAAAUUUGUCGGGAUUUUAAUUAUUGUACAAAAUUUCAGACAAUUUGGUUUAGUUUAAGCCCCUUAACUAUUCACGCAAAGUUACAAUUUUCCCGAAAAAUCAGCUAUUUGCAUGCUUAAUUAAUGCAUUUGCCUAAUUUGCAUAGUCAGCAAUAUGCAAAUUAGGUAACGGCAUUAAUUAAGCAUGCGAAAGGCUGACUUUUUAGAACAAAAUGAAUAGUUAAAGGACUUAAACAAAACCAAAUUGUCUGAAAUUUUGUACAGUAAUUAAAAGCCCGACAAAUUUUCAAUCUGUUAACUCAAAAUAUGAUUACAGCUUUUAAAUUUUGUGCGCGAGCCAUUUUUAGUUUGUUGUUAAAGACACACCCCCCUGGUUCACAAAAUUUGAGAUCGAGAAAUUUUUUUCAUUAUUCCACAUUAUAAGUACCCAAAGAAGCUAUAUAUAUAAAAAACCAGAUACAAAUAGGUGUUUUGCGAAAUUGAGAGCAAUUUCAAAUCUGUUCAGUUUUUUUUAUACACCCUGUAUAUCAGAAUUAAAUGUCAGUCCUAAAUUGCUAAUAUAUCAUAUGAUUAUGAUUUAAUACGUUAAAAGUCUACGACUACAGUAUACAUUUGGUUCGACGGAAGAAAAGCACGACGCCUAAACCCAUGUCGAACCUGUGUCGCAUUUUAAUACGACAUGACUUGCUGUAUUUCAGUCCCGUAUCGAACGUUAACUAAUCAAAACUUGACGAACUUUAAUUUGUUGAUUUAACCUAAGCACGAACGUCGCAAUGAACCGAUUUAUAAUGUACACAGAGCAACACAAGGCGCCAGUAGCGCCAGACGAACUAGAAUAACGUGAUCUAUACUGAUAAUGAUUCUGGGAGCAUAUUGUGCCAGGUAUUUUAGUGUUUAUAUGCACAUUGUCGAAUCAUAUUCGUCGUGAGGACUAGCAUAUGCACAACAGAUGAUACUGUACGUGUUAUUAUAACAGAUGGAGAAUUCUUUUUAUUGUAUUUGGUAGUCUUGUCGUGUUUGGGCGGACAUAAAGAGCAUUGAGAUUUCCCUGCUAUAACUGUCGAUAUUCCUGACAACCAUCUGCUAGCGCUAUUUCGUUUACAGAACCUCUGUCUUCUGAAUGAUGAGGGCGUAAUUAUGCGAAAACGCGCUGUCUUCGCAUUAACUAAACUAUGUAUAUGUGCUCUUUACUAGGAAUCUCUGAUUUCGCGUACUUUCAAAAGUCUGGUGGAACGGGGUGCUCGAGUAAUUUAACCGACAACAACACAGUGACGGACUUUACCUACACGCCUGAACAAGGACGCUCCUUCUUGCUAGAUCUUUUCCAUGCAACUGGUGGUCGUUGGUUAUGGAUAAAUAAAACAGGAUGGGGGGAGGAGAGCAACAUUACUCAUUGCAAAUGGUUUGGUAUAGAAUGUUACAAAUACAAGAACAGUACUUAUCUAAAAUUUAUUGAUCUUACCGAAAACGGGUUAGAUGGCCAACCGCCAAAUUUUUGGAGAUUUCGGAAUCUACAAGGGAUAUGUUUGUCUCGUAAUAGACAUAUGACAGGGCAAAUAUCUGAUAUAGUAUCAAGUAAUAUGACCCGGCUUCGACGCCUGUGCGUCUCAUUUUCAGGAAUGUAUGGUUCCGUGCCAUGA